AUGCCAUACGAUGAUUCAGAGUCUCUGGUCGAUUGUGGUGAUAUAUCAUGUGUUGAAUGUUCAGGAGUCUAUAGAAUUACUCCAGUGCCAGGAACGUCAUUCGAUGUAUUUUGUGACGUGGACACAUUCGGAGGUCCUUGGACUGUUAUUCAAAGACGAUUUGAUGGUUCGGUCAACUUUACUCGAAACUGGGAAGAUUACAAGCGUGGAUUCGGAACUCCUUACGGCGAAUAUUGGUUGGGUGAGCAUGGACGAUUACAUGAAGGAUGGAAUGGAACAAUGGGAUACGCAACCUAUCGUAGAUUUAUCAUUGGAAGCGAAGCUGACAACUAUCAGCUGACUAUUGGUGGUUUCGAUGGCGAUGUAGGCGAUAAAUUCACUCAACAUAGCGGUCAUUAUUUCUCCACCUUCGACCGAGACAACGAUCAAAACAGAAAUCGCCAUUGUGCCGAAUUUGGUGGUGGGGGUUGGUGGUACAGAAAUUGCUACGGUGCCAACCUAAAUGGUGUUUACCUCGAAGACAAUGGGACUGAUGUACGAUAUUCUAUGAACUGGGAAUAUUUCUACCCCGAAAGACGUCAAGCACCGUUGCGAAACUGUACCUUGAUGGUAAAAAGGAAAUAA